GAGUUUGGAGCGUGUCGCGCGUGGAGGUGUAGAGUGCUACAUAUUGCAGUGAUCGUGUUCGACUCUUAUUUAGUGGUAAAAGUUAGCGAAGAGCUGUCUACCUGCCUGUGCCCACGGUGCGGAUACGUUACGACCAAAUAGCCUGUGAGUUUACCCGAACGGACUGCGGACUGCGCGUGUGCGAUCGCUCUAACCCGGAUGCAAGUGCAUUGGCAAUAAAAUCGUUGUAAUUAUUAUAAUUUCCACGUUGUUCGUAAGACACUUCGGCACAUUAAUUGUGUGAAAAAUACGAUUGAAACAGUAAACAUUGUAUGGAACCUGCAGCAGUGUCAAAAAUUAAAUUCGAAAUUUCGCGUAAAUAUUACAAAUGCAAUUAUUUAUUGAAUUUUAAGGAGCCUUUAUUGCCAUUAUUGAUCGCGGAGACGAAGAAAGUUUUCAUGGAACGGACGUUUUGAAAUAAAAUAUCGCGUUAAUAUCAUUGUUACGAUUUUGUUGGAGUAUUUUUAAUAACUACGGCGUAAAAAUUCAACCCAAACCCUUCAAUUUAAUCGAUCAUUAAAAACAAUUAAAUAAAACAAGCUUGUGAGCACUAAGCAACCAUACCGAGUAGAAAAUACCGAAAAUAUUGAGAUCAAAAAGGAAAACCGUUUGCAAAAAUGUCGAAAUUCUGGGCCGCCUUAACCCGACGAAAAACGGAUGAUGUCGUAGAAAACGAAUCACAAUUGGCACGUGUACUCAACCUCUUCGAUCUGACUGCACUCGGUGUGGGCAGUACGCUCGGUCUGGGCGUAUACGUACUCGCCGGUUCAGUCGCCUACACCAUUGCCGGUCCAGCUGUGACCAUAUCAUUCCUCAUCGCUGCGCUUGCUUCCGCUUUUGCCGGUAUUUGUUAUGCUGAAUUCGCAGCACGUGUGCCAAAAGCGGGCUCUGCAUACGUUUACAGCUAUGUAACAAUUGGCGAGUUCGUAGCGUUCACUAUUGGUUGGAAUCUAAUAUUGGAAUAUGUGAUCGGUACCGCCAGUGUAGCUCGCGGUCUGAGCGGCUACUUUGAUGCGCUCAUCGAUAAUAGUAUGUCGAAGGCGUUGACGGAGGCUAUACCUAUGCAUGUGGACUUCUUAGCAAAGUAUCCAGACUUCUUGGCUAUGGGUGUAAUUUUGCUGCUGGCGGCAUUACUUGCUUUUGGUGUGAAAGAGUCCAGUUUCUUGAAUAAUAUUUUCACUGCUGUAAAUCUCAUCACCAUUGCCAUAGUUUUAGUUGCUGGUGCUAUAAAUGCUAAUCCCGCUAACUGGAGUAUAUCAAAAGAUGAUGUACCAGAGACUGACAAUAAUAAAUUCGGCAGUGGCGGUUUUAUGCCAUUCGGUAUUGCCGGUGUUAUGACUGGUGCCGCGAAAUGUUUUUAUGGUUUUGUAGGCUUUGAUUGCAUAGCCACAACUGGAGAAGAAGCAAUAAAUCCAAAGCGCAAUAUUCCACUUGCCAUCGUCAUUUCGUUGAUCAUCAUAUUCUUGUCUUACUUCGGCAUUUCGACGGUACUUACUAUGAUGGUGCCUUACUUCGAACUGGAUAAAGAUGCACCAUUCCCGAAGGCUUUUGACGACAUUGGUUGGUCUGCUAUUAAGUGGAUCGUUACAAUUGGCGCGGUCUUUGCCUUGACCACAAGUUUGUUGGGUGCUAUGUUUCCCUUGCCGCGUGUACUUUAUGCCAUGGGCAACGACGGUAUUCUCUUCAAAUCAUUUUCAAAAGUACAUAACUACACCCAAACGCCAUUGUUGGCAACAAUUAUCUCGGGAAUUUUCGCGGGUAUUAUGGCGCUUAUUUUCGAUCUGGAUCAACUGAUCGACAUGAUGUCCAUUGGUACACUAUUGGCUUACACAAUUGUAGCGAUAUGUGUGCUCGUACUGCGCUAUCAGGAUGAAGAUAUGGAUACGAAGACAAUCUCCGUUAGUUGUCCCAAAGUUAUACGUCAAUUCUUCAAUGGCAAUUCUUAUCGUGAACCAAAUUUAUUUACAUCACGUAUUACAAAAAUAGCCAUCGUAGUAUUUGCGCUGGUGUGCAUCGUCUGGGAUAUAGUUGAGGCGAUUUGUGGGUUGACUUCGACAGCCGGUGCAGUGGCGCUAGGCGUUAUUGGUGUUAUGUUAAUAUUUAUUGUGGUUAUAAUCGGCAUGCAACCGGUCUCGACAAUCGAGUUAACUUUCAAAGUGCCACUAGUGCCGUUCAUACCCUGUUUAAGUGUUUUCGUGAAUGUUUAUUUGAUGUUCCAAUUGGACGUGAAUACUUGGAUACGUUUCCUUGUAUGGGUUGCCAUUGGCUAUGCGAUUUACUUCAGCUAUGGUCUGCGUAAUUCUACACAGGUGACGCGAAACCGUAACCACGCCGAAGCAGCGAUAAGAAUGCAACACACGAAUCAGGCAUUUGAACCAGACUGGAAGGUGGAGAACGGUGUUAAUGGGGUUGUGGAAAAGCAGUAGUAGCAUUUUAUUUAAAGUUAAUGAAAACUGAAAUGUUUCCAUAAACAUUAAGCAUGUCUUUUAGGGACCCUUUUAUUUACACAGAAUUACAAAUAUCUAGCGUUGUCGAACUUAAAUGUAUGUAGAUUUAAGCGUGGCGUAUAUACCUCCUGCUGUUUGGAGUGUUUAUUACAAAUGUCUAUAUUGUUUCAGGUUGUUUAAGAAAUUAGAAUUGUCCAAAUAUAAUUAUUCCUUAGAGUAAAAAUGACAAUAACUGGUUUGAAACCGAAUUGCCAUCAUUAUGUAGUUAUAAAAAACAGAUAUUGAAAGAUAUGCUAUGUCUAUAUAAUUAGAAAACUUUAUGGCAUUCCAACUUUUUAAUCUAAAUAUAUAUUUUUUUUAAUUUUUUACUAUUUUGUUAACUUUUUUACAAGUAAUUUAUUCUAUUUUUUUUAUUUGUAUAUUCAUUUUCGGGAUUUCUUGCCGUUCUUCUAAAUUUUACAAUAUUACUACUACUUGAGAAAAAAUCAUAAUAUUUUUUUAAAUAUUGAACCUACAUAAGUGCGAGAGAGAUGAAUAGAUUGCGCAUGAAAACUAAACGUUUGCCAUUGUUGUCUGGUAUUUGAGCUCCAGUUUUUCACAAAAACUGUUUAAGUGUUUUAACAAGUUAAAAUUAAAAUUUUCCUAGUAAAUUGUAUGAAAGUAAGUAAGUUAUUUUUUAAACUGGUAACGCUUAAAUAUCCGCUUUGAUUACCGCCUGCCACAAGCAAUUACGUUGUUUUUAUGCGCCCAUUGCAUUGUACUACCAUUACUUUCUUUUUGUUUACCUUUUUGUUGUUAACUAACAAUGUUUUUAAACAAUUUUGAUAGAAUUUAUAGUUCUUCCGACAAUUUGUGAUAUUGUAAAAAUACAGUAUAUACCUAGGUAAUUGAGAUUUUGUUUUUUAAUUAUCUGUCACCAAAAACAAAAAAAUAUUUUUGUAAAUGAGUUAAGUCUACUUAAAGAUAAAUGCAUGUGUAUUAUUAGAAAAAAUCAAGAGGUAAUUAUAAAAUUCGAAAGAAUGGCUAAACAGUUUUAAAUAUGUAUAAAUUGUAAUUUAUUUUCCAGUAAUUUUAUUAGUUAUGAAUGUAAAAAAAUGUAUGUAUAUAAUGUUCAAUAAAUAACCAAUUUUUAAAAUAGUCGAA